AUGUUAAGGGAGCUCCAGAAACAGAAGAUAAAGGCAUUUCUGGGAAUGCCAAACAGUCCCUGGAAGGUCUUGGUUCUUGACGCUCGAGCACAGCAUAUUAUUGGGCCUUUGAUGAAGGUCAACGAGCUCAGGGAGUGCGGUGUAACAACCCAUUUCCUGGUGUCUCAGGGGAGACAUCCCAUCUCCAACACCCCUGCUGUGUAUUUUGUUGAGAAGGCAGAUGGAAUCGCUGAGGAUAUCCUUAAGGAGCUUUACUCUGAAUACUACCUUAACUUCACCACAUCUGUUGGCCGGGGAGAGCUCGAAGACCUAGGACUCAGGUUGUCGGAGAGAGGUCUUGGGCUUCGAGUAAGAUCUGUCUUCGACCAGUUUCUGGACUUCACUGCUUUGCAAGACGAUCUGUUUACUCUUGAGAUGAAGGACAGCUUUGCAGGAAUUGAGAACACAGACAUGUGGAGAGGAAUGGUGAUGUCUCUUAUGAGUGUCUUUGUGACUCUUGGAGAAGUUCCGUUUAUGGCAACUCUGGAUGACGAAACAUGCAUCCAAAUAGCAAAGAUGCUUGAGGCAAAGAUAAAAAACACUGGUGUCAUCAAGAAGACAGGGAAAAGGCCUCUUCUGAUUCUUAUGAAUCGAAACUACGAUGUAAGCACUCCUGUGCAACAUGUAUGGAGCUAUAGUGCACUAAUGAAUGACCUCUUCAAGUUUGAGUCGAAUAAGAUAACAUUGAAAAGUGGGAAGGUAUUUGAUCUGGAUCCAGAGGACGAACUCUGGAGGGGGAAUAGUAACGAAUACUUCCCUGUUGUUGUUGAAAGGGUUGAGAAAGAGCUUCUAGAGUACAGAAAGGAAAUGGCCCUUCGGAGUAUUGACGAGAAGACCGACAAGAAGGUGAUCCAAGAGGCCCUGGAUAAAGCACCGGAGCUGGCAAAGAGAAAUGAAUCUGUAAAUGCUCACAUAUCCAUAUGCUCUGAGAUGGUUGAGAUAAUAAAAAAGAGAGCGAUCGACGACUUCUACAAGGUCGAGAAGGGAAGAUACACAGAUCAGGAGUUGAUGGAAUUAUCCGAGAAGGGCGACGACGAGGACAUACUGAGGCUGGCCAUUCUUCUUCUUAACACCAAGGACUUCGAUCUAAUAGAUCCCUUGCUUCAGAAGAGGAAGGUAAAGUCGAAGGUGAUUGAAUUCUUCAGGAAGCAUAAAAGCGCCCGGCCGGAAAAGACAGGGGCCUUUUACUCGCAGAUGGUCACUAGUCUUAUGGGAAAUGUCAAAAAGCUUCUCCCGGUGAAGGAGCAGACCCCCAUAUCAUCUCUUGUGGAGUCUAUUUAUUCGGAUAUCAAGUCUCAGAUAUACUCGGGCUUCAAGUUGAUUGAUUCCACCGGGUCCAAAAAUAUAUAUGCAAGCGAGAUCUCAAGGAUUGUUGUAUUUAGCAUAGGAGGGGGAACAUACACAGAGUUGAAAACCCUGAAACUUCUUGAGGAGAGGAUAGGAGUUCCAAUCAUGUAUGGAUCGACAGAAAUCUUGAAUGCAGGUGAGUUUCUUAGGCAAGUAAAGAGCAGAAUGAGCCUAGACCAAUAA